UGCACUUCUGGCCAGCGCCACCAGCUCCAGCGGGUCGCCGGGACUUUCCGCGCACGCGGUGGGUCCCGCCCUUCUUCCCUCCCCACGGAGACGCCUGGGCAUCGAGGACGCGCAGCGAAGAGUCCCAGGCUGGGACCGGACCCUGGACAGCGCACGCUCCAUGGCUGCGCUCCCCUGGCAGGCGGCCGCGCUGCUGCUGCUGCUGGACUGGCUGCUGCUGCGGCCCGGGCUCCCGGGAAUCUUCUCCGUGCUGAUUCCGGAGGUGCCGCUGCUCCGGGUCUGGGCAGUGGGCUUGAGCCGCUGGGUCGUCCUAGGGCUAGGGAUCCGUUGGGUCCUUGGGGUCACCGCGGGAGUCCAUGGCUGGGUGGCUGCUUUGCAGCCACUGGCGGCGGCGCUGGGUUUGGCCCAGCCUGGACUUGCCUUGUUCCGAGAGCUGGCCGCCUGGGGAGGAUUCCGGGCCGGUGACAGCUCCGGAUUACUGCACUGGAGCAGUCGCCCCGACGCCUUCGUUCUCAGUUAUGUGGCAGCAUUGCCCGCAGCCGCCCUGUGGCACAAGCUGGGGAGCCUCUGGGCGCCCAGCGGCCGCAGGGGUCCUAUAGACAUGGUGCUUCGACUGUUGGACUUCCUGGGCUCCGAGAAGCGGCGUCUCCGGCUGGUUCUCGGUCUCUUGGUCCUCUCCUGCCUUGGGGAAAUGGCCAUUCCCUUCUUCACGGGCCGCAUCACUGACUGGAUUCUUCAGGACAAGGCUGCUCCUAGCUUCUCUCGCAACAUGUGGCUCAUGUCCCUUCUCACCAUAGCCAGCACAGUGCUGGAGUUUGCUAGCGAUGGAAUCUACAACCUCGCCAUGGGUCACAUGCACAGCCGUGUGCACGGAGAGGUGUUUCGGGCCGUCCUUCACCAGGAUACGGGGUUUUUCCUGCAGAACCCAGCAGGGACCAUUACAUCUCGGGUGACGGAGGACACAUCCAAGGUGUGCGAGUCCAUCAGCGAAAAGCUGAGCCUGCUGAUGUGGUACCUGGGACGAGCCCUGUGUCUCCUGGCGUUCAUGUUUUUGGGGUCGCUGUACCUGACUGUGGUCACCCUGCUCAUCCUGCCCCUGCUUUUCCUGCUGCCCAGGAGGCUGGGGAAAGUGCACCAGUCACUGGCAGUGAAGGUGCAGGAUUCUCUAGCCAAGUCCUCGCAGGUGGCCAUCGAGGCCCUAUCAGCCAUGCCUACCGUCCGGAGCUUUGCUAACGAGGAGGGAGAGGCCCAGAAGUUCAGGCAGAAGUUGGAGGAGAUGAAGACACUGAACAAGAAGGAGGCCUUGGCCUACAUAGCCGAAGUCUGGACCACGAGUAUCUCGGGAAUGCUGCUGAAGGUGGGAAUUCUGUACAUCGGUGGGCAGCUGGUGGUCAGAGGGGCUGUCAGCAGCGGGGACCUUGUCUCCUUUGUUCUGUACCAGCUUCAGUUCACCCACGCUGUUGAGGUCCUGCUGUCCAUGUAUCCCUGGAUGCAGAAGGCUGUGGGCUCCUCAGAGAAAAUAUUCGAAUACCUGGACCGCAGUCCUUGCUCUCCACCCAGCGGGUCGUUGGCACCCUUACACAUGGAAGGCCUUGUGCAAUUCCAAGAUGUCUCCUUUGCCUACCCAAACCAUCCCGAUGAGCGGGUGCUUCAGGGCCUGACGUUCACGCUGCGUCCCGGAACGGUGACCGCGUUGGUGGGACCCAAUGGGUCAGGAAAGAGCACCGUGGCCGCCCUGCUGCAGAACCUGUACCAGCCCACGGGGGGCCAGCUGCUGCUGGACGGAGAGCCCCUGGCCCAGUAUGAGCACCACUACCUGCACAGCCAGGUGGCUGCCGUGAGACAAGAGCCACUGCUAUUUGGAAGAAGUUUUCGAGAAAAUAUUGCCUACGGCCUGGAGCGGAAUCCAACCACGGAAGAAAUCACAGCUGUGGCCAUGGAGUCUGGUGCCCAUGACUUCAUCUCCAGACUCCCUCAGGGAUAUAACACAGAGGUAGGAGAGACUGGUAACCAGCUGUCAGGAGGUCAGCGACAGGCAGUGGCCUUGGCCCGAGCCUUGAUCAGGAGGCCUCGCCUGCUUAUCCUGGACGACGCAACCAGUGCCCUGGAUGCUGACAACCAGCUACGGGUCCAGCGGCUCCUGUAUGCCAACCCCCAGCGGCCUUCUCCAACCGUGCUGCUUAUCACCCAGCAGCUCAGCCUGGCGGAGCAGGCUCACCACAUCCUCUUUCUCAAAGAAGGCUCUGUCUGCGAGCAGGGCACCCACCCGCAGCUCAUGGCGCUCGGAGGGCGCUACCGGGCCAUGGUGGAGGCUCUCGCGGCUCCUUCAGACUGACAGGCCUCUGAACCUGCGC